UAAAAGUUGCUUAAUUUGCGGAAUAGGUUUACGGAGUAUAUGCACGAGUUAAAUAUUUUUUUCAAGAUGGCUGAAAGAUAUUCAAAAAGCGAAAAAGUUAAAAAAGUGUUUGUUGUUUGUGCUCUUGACACUGGACACAUUGUCAUUAUUCCAAGACCAUGGGUAUAUAAAGUUAGUGGAUUAUGGAAAUGUAGAUGGACUUCCUCUUUGGAAAAAACAAAGAGCUAUAGUAUAGUUAAUCCAAACUGGAGAGAAUACAGCAUUACAGCAUUUUACGCAAAAACAGAUACUUUUAAUGAAGCAGAAAGAAUACAAGAAGAUCAAUCAGGAAAAUCUGAUGGAUCAGGAGUAAUAAUGAGUGAUGUUGAAAACUCUUUUAUAAGACCUAAAGGCUAUACCUCUUCAUCCUCAACGCCACUUAGUGCCACGCCUUAUAAAAAAAGGUUAAGAACAUUACCUAAUUUGGAUGACAGUGAUGAAAUAUGUGGAAUGAAAGCAAUGAAAUAUAGCGGUUCUAAAACAAAAAGUAGUUGUUCUGCUGAUAAAGAUUGCAGUGAAAGUGAUGAUAGUGGGCACUCAGAUUACAGCAAGAAGUCACAGAUAAUGUUGAGAUCACUUCCUAUCAUGCCUAAAAAUCAGCAUACAAUGAGUACACUGAGAGUUAAUGAAAAAGAAAUCAUCUCAUCUUGUACAAAUCAAGUAUCAAGUGCUGUCGUGCAGCCAGGUAGUGAAGACCGGAGUUUGGAAUUGACCAACUUUGAGUUGUCUGAACUAGCUUACCAAGAUGACCUAGAUGUAAAUGACACGUGUGUGAAUGAUAGUGAUUCUCUACAGAUACAAUUAAAGAAAAUACAUGUUAUUGCUCUCCAGUCGUACCAAAACAUAAAAGAAUUAACUACUAGAGUUUGUCGAAUGGAAGAUGAUUUGGUCAAAAUUAAAGUGUUGCUAGGAGGUAGUAUACCAGGUGGGAAUCAAGAGCAGUUGUUUGUAAUGGAGCAAUACCAAAAAAGCGAAGAUUUCCAAAAUUUUUGUAAAAAUCUUGAAGACGAUUCUGUGUUUAGAAAAGUAGUGAUAAAGUUUAUGAUCACAAACUACGGUCAAAAGUCCAUUAGUGGUUGUGCCAGAUCAAUAUUAAAGGCGACUUUAUCAGAUAAUCUGAUGACCUCUUUUAAUCGUACAGGAUCCAGGGGCCAACAAAAACUGCCAUCUAUAUUUGAAAGAUGUAUUUAUUCAACUAUUAAGUCUUUUUAUCAGACAGAACACAUCACUAUAGUGCGUGGUAAAGAAGAGGUAGAAACUACAAUAAAAAAAGAGACUGAAAAACAGAUUGAAGUUUAUUUAUCAAAUUCAAAUUGCCGAAUUAAAGCAAAACUUAAAGAUCAGCUUGUCUUGAAUGGAUCCGGUACCAAUGAUCAUAUAUUGUCGGGCUAUAUAAGCUGACCUUACUUAUUAUUGAUUUGAAUAUUUGUAAUUAACAAACAUAAUAUCUUCUCUCUCUCUCU